CUUAUCCUUGACGACAAAAGAGCGUCCGCAGCAACAACAUGGCGGAGAAUCUGAAUAUGGAGAGUGGAACUCAAGAAGCUAAUGAUAUUUUACAAGCUGUUGCAAGACAUGUAAACUGUUUAAGUGAGGGAACACGAAUGGUAAAGAAAAGGGCACUUGAAGGAAUAAGAAAAGAGACAUUAUGUAGGAAUCCACCGCCAGACAGUCUGGUUUUGCAGAAGGUUUUCGACGGGGUCUUGAAGCCCCUGUUGAAAAGCAUAGGCGAACAGGUAGAAAAAUGUCGAGAGCUAUCGAUUUUGCUAGUGAUUGACUUUGUGGAUAGAAUUUCCAACCCAGAAGAAGUCCUUCCAUAUUUAAUGCCAACGAUUGUACAGAGGUUAGGAAAUAAAGAAAUAGUAGAAACUAGUGAAGAAUUACGACUCAAUUUGGUUGAACUUUUAACAAAGAUUGUCGACUUAACGGGUAAAAAAAUUUCACCGUACCUUGAUGACUUCAUACGGAUUCUGGAGCGAACCAUCCUUGAUCCCUACGCAGAGGUCCGUAAGCAGAGUUGUGUCUGCACCUGCAAGGUCGCCAGAGGCAUUCCAGAACACUUUCACAUGCAGUCUGAAUCUUUAAUCAACCCUCUUCUCCAGUGCAUCAGUCACCAGCAUUCCAAAGUGCGGGUACAGUGUAUCAUUACGAUAGGAGAUGUCCUCCAAUUUGGGAGUCAUAAACCCAUGGAGAACGUCAUCUCGCACCUUACUCAACGUCUCUUUGAUCAUUCACCACAAGUCCGUCUAGCAGUCACGCAAGUCGUUGGAUGGUGGCUGAUGGAAUUUGUUGACCGCUAUUCAUUCCAUCAUAAAUUGAUACCAAUUUUACUUACCAGCCAAUCAGAUGAACUUCCAGAUAUAAGUCAAAAGGCAUAUGAACUCUGGGAUGAAGUUGGUGCAAAAUAUGAGAAGGAGAAUGAAGAAGAACUGAAGAAUAAAAUGAAUUUUGUAGUAGAUGCUGUAACUGCACCAGGAAUUUUUGCAAGGCCCGGGCUAGGCUGCCGUACACUGAUCCUACGUAAUAUGUCCAAGAUUCUGCCAGGCCUGCUAAGAGACCUCACUGACUGGACGAUCGCAAACCGGCUGAUGUCAGUGAAGCUCCUGCAUACUCUGCUCAUCAACGCAGAGGACAACAGCACACAGUACAUGGAGAAGCUCCUGACGGGGAUGUAUAGAGCAUGUGCAGACGAGGAGGCGGAGAUUGUGAAAAGGGUCAUCAAAUCGGCCGAGAUUGUAGGCUGGUACGUUAGCCCAGAGGUGUACUGCAAACUGAUUCUACCCACCCUGAAAAGCACUCAAAAUCCUCAUACACUGAUGACAUUUGCUGCAAUCAUCAGAGGCUCAAAGCCUGAGCUGUUUGAGGCCUACAUGAAGGAAAUAUGUGUUACACUAGCUGAUGAUGAAGUCUGCCGAAUUGAAACUCCAAUGUACCAGCUUCAGCUAGUCUCCUGUGCAGACGCCAUCAUGUCAACUGGAUCGAAGUAUCAAGAUCGACUCCACUCCGCCAGUCUGCAAUUGUUCACUGUACUACUAACUGUACUGGCACUAGCUCGUGAAGAAAAUAUUCAUAAGAAGGCCAAAAGCUCUCUACAAACACUUGCAGAUGUGCAGGGCUUGAGCAGUCCCACGGAGCUGUAUGAAAGGCAUACAAAAGAUCUGUUAGACUCCCUCAAGGGAACCUAUAAACAGUGGAAUAAUCAUUCAUUGGAGCGAUUCAUAUUUGACACUCUACUUACUGAAGCUGGUCCAAUCCUCGGUGCUCUCCUUAAUGAUGUCAUACCCAUGCUACGGGAAAACCUCCGAACCAGCAAAGAUCCCGAACUCCGACUGAAAUUCUUCUCCCUCCUGUCGCGUCUUGUGAUGAAUUCCGGUGCCUCCAUCGAUUCCCAGCAGGGCUUUGAAAAUUUCGCUGUGGUGGUCGUAAAAGAGAUGGUAUUGCCUAACUGCGUGUGGCAUGCAGGACGGGUGUGUGCCGCCAUAAGGACUACUGCUGUGUCGUGUCUAUGGGCCUUGUUUCAAAGUGAACUGCUGACCCAAGAACAGGCGAAGGAGUUAUUUGAUGAGUUGUUAACCCAGUUGAAGACCCUACUGGAGGAUGAGGUCAAGUCGACUCGUCUCAUUACGUGCCGCAUUUUCCGAAAGUUCCUACUUCUCUGUGGGAAGAACUUUGAUCCGGACCAUCUUCACAGUUUCUACAUUGAGUUACUGAAGCGACUGGACGACAGCAGCGACGACAUUAGAGUUGCGGUUGCGAGGACUUUUUCAACGUACUUCCAGUGUUUCCCCGAUGACUAUGACACAUCGUUGUAUGGCGCGCACUUGGAAGGGAUGUAUAAAGGACUUCUGGUGCAUCUAGAUGAUCCUUACCCUCAAAUUCAACAAGAACUACUAGAUGUUUUAAAAGAAGCAGGAAGAAUUAAACCAAGCCUGUUACUACAAGAGCUUGAAGCUGUUGAACACAAACACAGGACAACAACCUACUGUGACCAACUUUCGAAUCAUCUUAAGACACUUCUAUGAACCUAAUCACAAAAUCAGAUGUGACGUUUUUCCACAAAAUCUGGACAAAGUUGCAAAUUAUUAUUAAUUGUAUCAUAUUCUAUAAUGAAUUAGCUUUAGAAUGAUGUAUGAGUUUAUUGAGUUUAUUCAUUCUUUCAGUUGUUAAUGAGCAAUACACACCGAGGAUAGCCCACGAAAGUCUAGAAGAAGACUUAUUUCCAGUGGGGUCCUUCUGGUGGUGCAUUGGGUAGUACACCGGAAGACAAUGCUUUUGCGAAGGGUGUACUGCAUUAAACAUGCACAUGGCCAUAAUGCACACAGGAUAAACAGCUUAAACACUCAUCCGAAUGAAGGUGCCCUUUUGAAACUUGCAUUUUAGCUCUCCAGCUGAAACACAGUGAUGGGAAUUGAAGGAGUAUAAGUGGAUCCCUGGUAGGAUGAGAAUGCCAAAUGCGCUGGUACUCCAAAGGGGAGCUGAGUUUGUGUUCCAUAGGUAUUUACUUCAAUGUGAAUUGCAAAGAGGUCUUACCAUAAUGCAAUCUAUAAAAGUCUACCAUUAUUAUUGCUGUAAUUUUUUUAAAUUCAUAUAUUUUUGUGAAAUGCUGACUUUUUUUGGCCUGAUUGUUAAUUUUCUUUUUUAUGGAUGCACUGCCUAUGUAGCUGAGUGCCACUGAUAUAAAGUGUAUAUCAAAAAAGAUUAUUAUUAUUAUUAUUAUUAUUGUUAUUAUUAUUAUUAUUAUUAUUAUUUAUUAUGAUUAUUAUCAUUAUUAUUAUUAUUAAUAAUAUUAUUAUUUAUUAUAGUUUUAUUAUUUAUUUAAUGUUAUUAUUAUUAUAUACUAUAAUUAUUAUUAUUAUCUUUAUUAAUACAGUAUACUAUAUAAUUUGCAAUACAUGCAGUAGACCAAAAUAACACUGUAAUCACUGAGAUACUAUUAUAUUUUUUUUAAAGCACUAUGAAUAGAAUUAAAAAUAGAUCAUUUCUUAACCCCUGCUUUGUUCGCUGUAUAUUUGUUUUUGCUUAAUUUUAUAAACUUGUUCAGGGAAACAUAUUUACCUAUGAAAUGGAUUUUGAGAUUUUUAAUAAAUUGUAAGAAACAAA